CUUGUUUAGUCGAGUGCGCACGUACGCUGUUUUACAUGAUUCAUUGAUUGAUAAAUGACAGGCUUGACGUGACCGCUGGUAAACACUAAACUGGAUUUCUGACUGUCUGUGUCAUGUGUGUUCAGAGACCUGGAAGGCUGCCCUAGCAUUAGAAGGACAUUAAUGAUGUCUCGCUCCCAGAUUGGGUUUUGUGCAACUUGUUUCGGCUUGCACAUAAAUCGACUUGGCAACAACAUUGCAAAAACUGGCAACUUCAGUACUUUGUCUUUGAUCAGACGACUGUUCAGGUCUUCGUCAUCAUCAUCAAACUCGCCGGAGCAACCAAGAAGAGGGGGCGGUACUGAGUAUGGAGGGGAGGGUGUCCCCUUCAGGCCAAAGAGAGCCUUAGUUGUGUCGAAACUGUCGCGAUAUUCCUUCGAAAGAAAACGAUUUCAUGAUCUUGAGGAAGAGGGUUUGAAACAAUUGCUCCUACAGAGAGGGUCACAUUAUGACAUGUAUUUGGAGAAACACAAAAUUCACGUGUCUAACGUCAAGAAAGUUGUGGACACCCUACGAUCGCAGAACAUAGAAGUCAGACAAGCCCAGUGGUUUGAUCAGAACCUGAACCAGGAGGCCGUACGAUGGGCCGACGUUAUCAUCGCGGCCGGAGGGGACGGUACUUUCAUCAUGGCGGCCGGUAAAGUGACAGACGACACACCGGUGCUGGGAGUCAACACAGAUCCCAGUAGGUCCGCUGGCUACCUCUGCCUCUCAGAGAAGAACUCUCUGCAGUUUGACGGAGCCCUGAGGAAAAUAAUAGACGGAAAUUUCAGGUGGAAGUGGCGACAGCGAAUCCGCACCACCGUCGAGAGCGGUCUGAUCAACGCUGAACCCAUUGAUAUCCAUGAGCAACAGCUAAGGUUACCAGACCACCAGUACGAACACUGGAAUAGGGAACAGCGAAUGCGGCAGGGGUUGGAGAAGAGAGUGGAACCAGGGCCCACCGUACUGCCGGUCAGGGCACUCAAUGAGGUCUUUAUCGGUGAAUCACUAUCAUCAACUGUGUCGUAUUAUGAGAUAUCUGUGGAUGGAAGCCCCAUGGUUAAGCAGAAGAGCUCAGGAAUCACUAUCUGCACUGGCACGGGGUCUACAUCCUGGUCCUUCAAUAUAAACAAGCUGUCGCACCAGGGUGUCAGCGAACUGUUAAAUAUAAUCAAUGAAGAGUCUGAUGUGGACAUCCCGAUCACUCAGGAUCUUCUCGAGAGAAUUGCCUCCAAGUUCAAUAGCUCGCUGCUCUUUGACGCCAGUGUGCCUACCCUUGCCUACACGGUCCGCGACCCAGUCGUCAACGGUGUCUUCAAUGCUAACUUACCAAGAGGUUUUGCCAAGAAGAUCCGUCUGCGGUCGCGCGGUUGGGAUGCCUGCCUAGUCAUGGACAGCGGGUCGUCGUUUGUCUUCAACGACGGCGCAAUAGCAACACUGGAGAUCACUGAAGAUGAUGCUUUGAGAACAUUUGAACUGGAUUAGGCUCUUCUGUAGAUUUGCCCCACGACAACGUUUUUGGAAUUAAUUGUGAUUCUGUCAAAAAAGUCACAGAUUUUCAGGAUUAAGUCCAAAUUUCUCCAACAAUACAAGAGGAACUCCUUAUAACCCUAACCCUGCCAGACGCAACGCAGUGCAUCGGGUGUAAAAGUCUGGUGCACUUUGAUGCAUUCAGCUAUCAACACCAGGGUAUAAACGGCAUUUUCUGAGACAAUGAGAGUCGGUCCCAUUGAACAGUGCCUCAGUUGUAUCCUGCUGCAGUUGGUGACCACGGACUCUGAGGCAGUUUGGCCUGGAGAUUUUUUGGCCUGAUGGAUCUUACUAUACUGAGCAGGCUUGUCAUUUUAACAAGUGCUGAAGUAUAAGUGGACUUGCAACUGUAACUUCUAAAAGGACUUUGUUUACUUCUCAAAGACAACAACGAUUUAAAUUAUAUGAAUAUAGAUGCAGUUGCAUUAAGACCAAUCUUUAAUUAUUUUUUGUUAUGCAAUAAUUUUAUUAAGGGGAAAAUUCCUGAUGUGCUCGUCUACUGAUCACAAUAUGAAACUAACUCUUUUUCUUUGAGAUUAAUUAUGUUAUAUUUGUUUACCCUGGCAAAUCAUCAAAGAGUGGGUGUGCAUAUUUAUGGUGUAAAUCGAGGACACACACGUGCAACAUCAUCGAUGAAUUGAGAA